GUAGGACUAUGUGUGACAAGAUACCUUUGAAAGAUCUGCUUCACUACAUGGAACCCGAGAGUUCAUUAAUGUUGGAGAUUUUGGGAAAUUAAUUUCUCAGUAAUGUGUCUUAAGUUACAAAACAUGAAGUGUCUUACUUGUGGAACAUUGGUAGACUAUGAUGAAGAAAACAAUUAUAAUCUUUUUUUGGUUUUAAUAAUAAUUCCAAAUCAUUUUUAAUUAAUAAUGAAUAAUAAUUAAGUAUUAAUUAAGCAUAACAGGAAGUACGUCAUAAUGAGGCUUAAUGAAUAUCGUUAUCGUUGUCGAAUCAGGUCUGGCACAGGCAUAAAUCGUGGCUGAUUCGUCAAUAUCGGAUCAGGACAUUGCCCCAAAUCCUCGGUCCAGGCUCGAUCAUCAGUAAUGAUUCAGGCCUGUAUCAGGACUGGUCCAUGUUCCAACUCUUGGGCGUGUAGCUAGAAGUACAAGAUGAGUCUUUCUGAGAAACUGGGACCGUCCAGAGCUAAGGAACUAGCCGCCUUCCUUCUCAAGGUAGAGUUCCCAGCUCCUACGAGAAGAAUAAUGGAACCAUUACUGGAAAUGUUGGUUGGAGGGCAAUCAUUUGAUUUGUCCCAGAAUUACCUUAUAAGGGAACCGGCUGCACUGUUACUAUUAAUAGAACUGAUACCAUCACUCUCCGAAGAGCUGCAGCUUGACUUAUGGAGCACUCUUGGUGCUAUGUUGCAUCAGUGUCUUCACAACAUUAGCAGCUGUCAUAAUAUCGGAAUGACUGAGAAGUGUUUGGACUAUUUAGCAAAAACUAAAAACCCAAAAAUAGCGAAUCACAUUGGGUCUGUCCUUGAACUAUUGUCUGGUUACAGUUUAAGUGUCAAACACUUGAAGUCAAUCCUAUCAUAUUUAUAUAAUGGACAGUCUGACACCACAUGGGCUCCUCACUCAGUAUUAUUAAUUAGUUUAUUGAAUAACGUUACUAUUAAUAGAACACCUGAUGCUUUCUUUAGCUUCUCUGGUGGCCACGGAUCAGUGUUUGCAUUGCCUCCAGUGUCUAAAUGGCCUACACAGACUGGGUUUACUGUAUCAAUGUGGAUAAGAUCAGAACAAACUUAUGAUUCACAGAGAGACUAUUACAAACCAAUCCUCUACUGGUUUCGUAGUGGGCGUGGUUCUGGUUAUUCGGCUCAUUUUGUUGGUAGUACGUUGGUACUGGAGACUGUUGGUAAACAGAUCAAGAAACCUCAGACACACCCAGUGGACCACGUCUUUCAUUCAUUUCAAUGGUACAUGGUGACUGUGGUGUACACUGCUCAUCGGCUGAGAUCCAGUGAGGUCCAAUGUUACGUUGAUGGAGUUCUGUCAUUAACUGCUGAAGUAACACUACCUUUACAAGAAGAAAUUUAUGAUAAAUGUUUCCUCGGUGGCAAUCACGUGGCUACUCCAGACUCAGUGUUUCAAGGUCAAAUGGCUGCCCUCUACAUAUGGAGGGUCCCUCUCAGUAGAGACUCCAUUGCUUCACUUUACAAACUAGGAUCCAACUAUAGGAGUCAGUUCAAAUUUGAAGCCGAGGUUGAUAUGCCAUUAACAAUGAAGGAACAAAAAUUAUUGUUUGAUGGCUCAUUGUCCAAUUCAUUAAUCAUUUCAUAUAAUGCUAAAGCAGUUGAUGGUCAGUUGUGUCUUGAAGCUUCACCAACUGAAGGACACAGUUCAGUGUUUGCUCACUCACCUCAUGCCACUAUGCUUGAGGGGGUGGAGCCAGUCGUCACUACAUCAAUACACAGUGCCCUUCAUUCAUUAGGAGGAAUACAAGCGUUGUUCCCAUUGUUUUCUCAACUGGAUACAGAGCAGCUGGUGACAUUGAAAGGGAAAACUGUCAUUGAUUAUUCACUAAGUGUUAAAUUAUUGUCAUUAGUUUUUGAAUUAGCUCGUAACUCAACCACUUACAUGUACCAGCUGGUACAAAUGAGCUCACUAAUACCUCAUCUACUCGGAAAAGUAUCUCCAUUACAUUUAAGUGGAGACUUGCUUUCUGUCAUUUUUGAUUUCUUACGUUAUCUAUCAAAGUCUCCAUAUUCUGAAGAGCUCAUCCAACCAUUAGUAGUGCAGCUCCUGUUUAAUGCUAGUCUCUGGAUCAGGGCCAGUAAGAAGGUAAGAGUAUACUAUUAAUAUACUGUUAAUAUACAGUAAUAUACUGAGAGUGUGCAGGGAAUAUACUGAGUUGCGAUAUAAAAACCUACACCUGCAGUUUGACUAACAAUGUAUUAACUUACCAGUAUCAUCAAUCCUCAUGAUAACCUCUGUAGCUCUUUAUAAAAAUAAAGUGAUGUAGACAUUAAUUUCAUAUUAUUAGUAGUGUAAGGUCUUGCUGUUCUUCUCUUCAUAAUGUCUGAGAGUGCUCCUCUAUUAAGCUCAUCAUCAGUUACUAGUAGAUGUCCUUCUUAUCUUUUCCAGUUCAUUCACUCCAAGGGAGCACUACUGGUGCUAUUCUGGGACUUCAUGAUAUCA